GCUCUCAACUGAAGAAGGUAACCAAAUCGGCAACACCUAAUCCCUCCAGUAUAAAAAAACCGCCGGAUGGAGGUUGGGGUUGGCUGGUGGCCUUUGGCAGCUUCAUCAUUACGAUGCUGGUGUUCUCCGUGGCUGUCUGUUUUGGCAUCCUCUUUUCUCCAUUCUUCCUGGAUCUUGGCACAUCCUCCACAACCAUUGCCUGGAUCUUCAACGUCCAAAUGUUUAUCUGGAAUUGCCUAAGUCCUUUCGUUAGACCCGCUGCCCAAGAGUUCGGCUGGAGAAGAGUUGGUUUCACUGGCGUGUUUUUUAUUUCUUCGUCGAUCAUCUGCUCGGCAUUUGCACCUUCGGCUGAGUUCCUCUUCUUCUCCUUCUCUCUUCUUGGUGGCAUCGGGUCAUGUAUGGCAGGUGGAUUAUGCUUCCUCGUCGUGCCCACCUACUUCGAUCGACGACGAGGAACAGCAAACGCAAUGUUGAUGUCAGGAAUCUGCAUGGGGCAGAUAAUGGGCGCUCCGUUUAUCCGCUAUCUGCAGGAAGAGUAUGCCUUCACAGGAGCUGCGUUGAUAUAUGGUGCUCUCAUCCUAAAUGGUUGCAUUGGUGUUUCUUUCUUCCAGCCUCUUAAAUGGCACUUAAAGGAAACAAAAGCCAUAGAAAAUGUUGCCCCUGAGGACGGGUCCGUUCCCCUUCUAACAAAAGCAGAGAGCACCGAAAAGAAUCCCGUGGAAGAAGCUGGAUCCAAAGUCCUAACACAAGACAUGAAAACACAAGCAAGAAUCGUGAGAUUAAGAAUGCUAGCAAGGGUCAGCGAAUCAUCCCACGUUUAAAAAAACUCGGAUAACAUGUCCCAAUUGUACGUCUCCCUGAUGGAAAUUCCCGAUUUGUCAAAUUCAGCAGAGGACGUUGAGAAGGACACUAAAUCAUCUAAUCUCUGGGAACUCACAAAACGUGUCUGUCGCUCUACAGUAAAUGACCUCCGAAUCUACCGCUCGCGAAGAGCUCUGAUCAUUAACCUAGGAAUCGGAUUUUGCAUCAACAGUUACAUCAAUUUCAUCAUGAUGAUUCCCUUCAUGAUGCAGGCGAAUGGAUUCGCUUUGCAGGACUCGGCUUGGUGCAUAUCGAUCUUCGGCAUUUGCAACUUGGUGACUCGGCUGCUGGUGUCCCCACUAACUGACUGGUCGAAGUUCAACAUGCGCCUGUGUUUCAUGAUUGGCUAUGCUAUCAUAUCUCUCACAAUGUAUGUUUUCCCAUUACUGACCAACCUCAUGUGGAUGGGAGUAGUUAUGGGGAUCGCAGGAUGUGGGAUCGCUGCCAACAUCACACUCAACAACCUCAUUAUGAUCAAAUACAUGGGCCUGGAGAAACUGCCUCAGAUGUUUGGGUCGUCGGCGCUUCUGAUCGGGUGCACGUUCAUUGUGUUCGGGCCCUUCAUUGGCUUUGUACGCGACAUGACCGAGAGUUAUGUCAUCAGUACCUGGAUACUUGCUUCUACGUCAACCUGCAGUCUCAUUCUGUGGUUCUUCAUGCCCGCCGCUGUGGCCUAUGACGCAAGGAUGGAAGCCAAAAUUGACACGGAAAAAGAACGUGUUUAAUGUCUUCAGUCCUGUAAUUUCAUUGUUUAGCCAUCAGCGCAAAAGACUGAAGAUCAGUUUUGAUCUUUAUUUUCGUCUUGUAAUAACAGAAAAUGAAAUGAUAGCAGAUAAAGAAAGAAACCCGUUUUACUUCCCUGAAAAGAUUAAAGACGGUUUAAAAAUCAUUAGCCUUUAUGAACAUCCUAUUACAUUACGUCAUUAGUAACAUUGCAUUCCCCAUAUCUUUAAACUGCAAUGGUAGCGGUCUCAUCUAGCAAUCUUGCUGACCGGUGUUCAAAUCCCACAUCGCCAGAGGAAUGAACCCAAAUCCAUUCCUUGCACACAGGGGGGAUUUAGAAGCAAAAUGAACAGACAGCCUGUCACACCAAGUAUAACCUUAAUGACAAAUGGAAUAAAACUAAAUUAUUAUUGU